CAGCGCAGGCGUGAAUCCCUUCCGAGAAGAAAAGCAAAAAAAAAUGGAGGAAGAAGAAAGUUCAAAAAGUUCAACAAAAGGGGUUUGUGAAGAGUGCGAAAACAAGGCAUCAAAGUAUAAGUGCCCAGGUUGCUACCUCCGUACAUGCAGCCUCCCUUGCGUCAAUGCUCACAAGCGCCGCACUGGCUGCAACGGCAGGAGGAACAACACUCGCUUCGUUCGUCUCUCUCAAUUCGACGAUAAUCUCCUCCUCUCCGAUUAUAAUUUGCUGGAGGAAACAAAGAGGGUUGCUGAAUCUGCUCGAAGAACAAGAUCCAAAUUAUGUAGUAACUAUUUUCCUCACUUUAAGCUACCAUUUGUCCUGCGAACCCUCCGCGCUGCCGCUGCCUCUCGCAGAACUAAGCUUUUGUUUCUCCCUGCUGGAAUGUCUAAGAGGGAAACUAAUCAAACUCGAUUUCAUCAGAGGAAGAAGUUUAUUUCAUGGACAAUUGAGUGGCGGUUUCACUCAACAGAUGUUGUUUUGUUUGACCAUGGAGUACAUGAAGAUACAACCCUCUGCUCAGUAAUUGAGAGCCAUCUCAAACCUGGCCCAUGGAAUCAUCCUCUAAGGCAAUUCUGCCAGGAGCAGCUGGACUGCCUCAAGUUUUUUAUCCGAAAAUAUCCUAAGGGGCCCAAGUCGCUUUUUCGGGAGUUGGACAUGAAGGCCCCUAUACGGCAACAAUUAGCUGAUACAGUUAUUCUGGAGUACCCUGUAAUUCAUGUCUUUCUUCCUUCAGAGCACUAUGAAUUUGAAGUUGUUAGGGAGAAUCACUCUGUCACUCAUAGGCCAGAGGUCAAAGAUUCUGGCAGUGCUGAUAAUGAAAUUCAGAAAGGUGUUACCUUCAAAGAGGAGAAAAUAGAAGAAGAUGAUAGUUCUUUAGACCCUCAGGUCUUUGAUCUUAUGAAGCAUGUGAUUUCAGGUCCAAUGCAUCAAAUCCCUCAUGAAAACAAAUCUGAGAAAGCUGGAGCUGGCAACAGGGUGCAUUCCAGCUCCCAGACCAAGGACUCUGGAGUUUUUCAGGACAUGGAGUUUGAUUUUGAUCAAGACCUAAUAGAUGCAUAUUCUGACCUCAUUGCUGAAAUUAAUCCGGAUGACUUUCUUGAUUUGGAAGGUGAAUUUGCUAAGCAAUCAGAAACAGAACGCAGAAGAGACCUUUCAAAUUCCAGGGGAGUUUUUUUUGCUGAGGAAUUGGAGGAAGGGGAGAUUGUAGAUUAGUUGGUACUGUCAGUCUUUCCCAGGAAGCACAGAGGAACAUGGUUGCAAAGAAGAACUUCGAAGAGUUGUUGCUCUCUAUUUAUCAUAAUUUUCAUUGACAAUCUGCCCCAGCUUGUCAUAUUUAUGGAGCAAACUUUGCUUUUCUGUGGCGCUUAGAAUCACACAGUUUGCUUCAUAAGGAACAUAGCUCAAGUACCUGGUAAUGCUCAAGAUCGGGAGAAAUACAUGGAUACCUGAGACUUUCUUGUAAAAAUUCACUAGCUGUUAUAAUAUUUUAUUCCUAUUGAAAGGAAAAAUAUAUUCAUUUACUAUAUUGACAGGUUGAAAGGGAGGGCAUCAGGGUAAGCUGUGCUUGUUUUGUUGUGUUAAAAAGGUCUUGGAUUCAUGUUACCCUUUUAGAUGAGUGCUUGGCAUUUGUUAUC